AUGGCCACUGCAGAGCUCAAGGAUCUCAGUAUGCGGCUUGAUGAUCUUCUAGGACAUGUGGUGUCCAGAGAGGGUAUCAGGGUGGAUCCAAUGAAGAUUGAGGCUAUUCGUGGUUGGGAUAAGCCCACAUCUAUAAUGGAAACUCGGAGCUUCAUUGCAUUGGCUGGGUAUUAUAGGCGCUUCAUCGAGGGUUUCUCCACCAUUGCAUCCCCAUUGACCCAUUUCACUUGCCAAGAUAUUCCCUUUGUGUGGUCCAAGGAGUGUGAGUCAAGCUUGUGGAAGCUUAAGGAGUUUCUCACCACCGCUCCUAUUCUGACUCUUCCAGUUGAGGAAGAGAUCUUUUCUGUAUAUUGUGAUGCUUUUAGUAUGGGUCUUGGGUCCGAGCACCAGUGGACAACAUUGAUAUCAAGCCUGCAACAGUCUGGUCCGGAGAUUGGGUGA